GCUCGGGCCGCGCACGCGCUCUGGCCUCCGGGGCCGGCAGCCUGGGAGCCCGAGCCUAGUGCCUCCCACGCCCGGCGGCCGCGAGCCGGGGUCCGCGAGGGCGGAGUGGGGCGCGGCAGCCAGGAACCCGACUACAAAUCCCAGGGUGCGGGCGGGCGGACCGAGGAGGGACGCUGGGCCUGCCCGGUGCGCACGGGGGCGGGGACCGGCAAGGCGGGACCAUUUCCCGGCAUAGGCUCCGGUGCCCCUGCCCGGCUCCCGCCGGGAAGUUCUAGGCCGCCGCACAGAAAGCCCUGCCCUCCACGCCGGGUCUCUGGAGCGCCCUGGGUUGCCCGGCCGGUCCCUGCCGCUGACUUGUUGACACUGCGAGCACUCAGUCCCUCCCGCGCGCCUCCUCCCCGCCCGCCCCGCCGCUCCUCCUCCUCCCUGUAGCAUGCCAUAGUGAGCCUGCGACCACACGGCCGGGGCGCUAGCGUUCGCCUUCAGCCACCAUGGGGAAUGGGAUGAACAAGAUCCUGCCUGGCCUGUACAUCGGCAACUUCAAAGAUGCCAGAGACGCGGAACAAUUGAGCAAGAACAAGGUGACACAUAUUCUGUCUGUCCACGAUAGUGCCAGGCCUAUGUUGGAGGGAGUUAAAUACCUGUGCAUCCCAGCAGCGGAUUCACCAUCUCAAAACCUGACAAGACAUUUCAAAGAAAGUAUUAAAUUCAUUCACGAGUGCCGGCUCCGCGGUGAGAGCUGCCUUGUACACUGCCUGGCCGGGGUCUCCAGGAGCGUGACACUGGUGAUCGCAUACAUCAUGACCGUCACUGACUUUGGCUGGGAGGAUGCCCUGCACACCGUGCGUGCUGGGAGAUCCUGUGCCAACCCCAACGUGGGCUUCCAGAGACAGCUCCAGGAGUUUGAGAAGCAUGAGGUCCAUCAGUAUCGGCAGUGGCUGAAGGAAGAAUAUGGAGAGAGCCCUUUGCAGGAUGCAGAAGAAGCCAAAAACAUUCUGGGUAAAUAUAAGGAGCAAGGGCGCACGGAGCCCCAGCCCGGCGCCAGGCGGUGGAGCAGUUUUCCGGCACUGGCUCCGCUGACCUACGAUAAUUAUACGACGGAGACCUAACGCAAGCGACCUGCUGCCUUCCUUCCCACUGCUUGUCUUCAGUGUGCCCGGCUGGGCAGGGGUGCGGUGGUGUUGGCCGAUGAGGACAGGAAAGGGAGAUAGCCAGGGCGAGGUGGGGCGAGGGCUCCUUCCCCCAAGCAACACUGCCCAGCCCUGCUCCAGGCCCCUGCACUCCGCCCACCCCUACCCUGGCUGCACCUGAGCUUGCUGCCCCCGGGGAUGUUGCCCAGUGGCUGUGCACUGCUCUGUGCACGUGGGUGUGUGUGAGUGCACUUGUGUGUGGGUGACUAAGUGUAUGGAUGCAUGUGUGUGCCUGUGUGAGGGUAUGUGCACCUAAGUGUGUACAUGUGUGUAUGUUGUAAAAGUGUGUCUGUGCACAUGAAUGUGUGUGUGUGAACUCUUUCUUACUGCUGGAAGUCACAGAAUUCAUAUUGCUGCCCGGGUUGGUGUGGCCACCUUUCCCUUUGUCCAAGACUCCACAUGGAAGGCAUUUGAGCUUGACCUCCGAAAAGCUACCCAGCAAAGAGCAGUCUGUGCCUCUGAGCAGACCGUGAGAACUCAGGGGACGAGUGGCUAAGAGCAUGGCCUCUCCCAGAACCCACCCAGGGUGGUGUGGUGGGGGCAGCAGGGGCCAGACUCCUCUAGAGGGAGGGUGGCUCUGGGGCCCUGGAAAACGUGAGAGACUGCCCUGAGCUGGUCCAGUGGGCCAGCACUUUAUACCAACUCAGCAUUUAAGGGAAGUAUCUUAGAUUGCCCCCAUCUCAAUGUGAAUGCACCAGGCUGAGGGUUCCCUAGCGCCUCGAGUCAAGGCCACUUUUCAGCCCAUCGAGCCCUGAGUUCUACUUGGUGUUUGUUCUCUGGAGCUGAUUGCACUUGAGCUCUGUGGUGGGCAGGCGCACUUUAGCCUAAGUUGGGUGCCCCAGGGCGCCCCCUCCUCUCUGCCCCUUGCCAGCUUCAUUCACUCCCAGCCUCUCGCUGUCCUCACUUUGCAGGGGCUCCUCCUCAACGUUUGCAUGCACCUGCAAGAAUUGGGAAGAAAGAGCAUUUAUUAGGCACUGUAGCAAUUUGCAUUUUAAAAUGCCUGAGCAUUUAUUAAGCUUCUUGGUAUUCACUUGGGUUUGAUAAUUGAUCUGAGCUACCUCAUUGAAUGUUUUUGGAAAGGUGUUUUUUGGUAUGCAAGUCAGCUUUGCCUCACAGUUGAAAAUGUUCGGUCAUGAUUGCUUUUGAAACCAAAGGGGAAGGUACCGAUAUCAUUGAGCUAUUUAAAGUUGCCAGUUUGGGCUCCAGUAAUGCUUUCUGGUGGGUAAAAUUCCACAUUCAGGCCACGAGAGCAUCUACAGUUUGUACUCUGGGGCUGCAGGCAUCCUGGGACGCUGUACGCAAUUCAGUGGUCUAGUCCUUUAUACCGACUCAGAUUCCUUAAGCAUGCAGAGUCACUCGAAUGAAAAAACAUACUCGACCUCUCCCUAAAAAGAUGUUGCAACCCAGUUUCUCUGAAUUCCACCACAAAAAGAGACCCUGAAUAAGAAGAGCAGUUUUCCUGUGCGUAUAGAGGGUGUGUCAAAGGUGAGCUUUUUGGGGACCGGGAAAAACAAAGUUGCCUGAAUCCGCGCAUGUGCACAGGCCCCGGAUGUACACCCGGAAAGGGGAGUGUGGCUGUAGAAUCAUCCAUCCGUCUACAGCUAAAACAAUUUGCCAAUAAAGUACAUGUUUUUCCUAAGCCAAAAAUAAAUAUAAAUACGUUAACAGAAAAAUGAUUUAGGAUAUUAGCUUGAAUGCUUAAAUAUGUGCACCUUUACAAACCUCUCAGUGUAUUCUUGGAGUUCUUGAAAUGUUGUUUUAAUAUUUGUUGCCAGUAAUGUUCUUUCUUCACAGCCGCUCCGGGAAUUCUGAAGUUCUGGGCCUUUCUCAGAAGACUGUAAUGUACCUGAAGUUUCUGAAAUAUUGCAAACCCACAGAGUUUAGGCUGGUGCUGCCAAAAAGAAAAGCAACAUAGAGUUUAUUUUUAAGUAUCCAGUAGUGAUUUGUAAACGUGUUUUUCGUUUGAAGCUGAAUAUAUAUGUAGUCAUGUUUAUGUUGAGAACUAAGGAUAUUCUUUAGCAAGAGAAAAUAUUUUCCCCUUAUCCCCACUGCCGUGGCGGUUUCUGUACCUCGCUUGGAUGCCUGUAAGGAUCCCAGGAGCCUUGCCGCCCUGCCUUGUGGAUGGCUUGGCGCUCGUGAUUGCUUCCUGUGAACGCCCCCCAAGGACGAGCCCAGUGUAGUUGUGUGGCGUGAACUCUGCCCGUGUGUUCUCAAAUUCCCCAGCUUGGGAAAUAGCCGUUGGUGUGGGUUUUAUCUCUGGUUUGUGUUCUCCGUGGUGGAAUUGACCGAAAGCUCUAUGUUUUCGUUAAUAAAGGGCAACUUAGCCAAGUUUAAGGUCA